GAUGCUGUCACGACACAUCAAUGUCAAAAACACUACAAAAUGGAUAGCAAGGCCACAUAAACGAAAUAAUAAUAUUAUCAUUAAAACAAUCAUGUAACAUUAGAAUUAUAGCAGUGACAACCAUCAACCAACUACAACUGGGUAACUCUCUUAACAGUUAGCAAAAUGGGUACUAAAUAUGAAAUGCCACACUCCUCGUUUCCUUAUAAAAUACCGAGGCGAAUUCAGUGUCUUAGCGUACCGAGGAGGUAUUACAUGGAAAGCUACGAAGGAUCAAUGCCGCAGUACACGAGGACAGGCACAAGGCAAUCUGCUUUGACCGGGCGACUUGCUGACAAAAGUGCCGACAUUGCUUGGCCGUCUAUUAGACGUUUAUUAAUCUUGAAAAGGAUGUACAAAAAUAGAUUCAGUUCAGAGCGACUGGAACGUAUAGACAGAAUGAUUGAAGCGUCCAAUGGCACGGUUUACUCGAAGCUGGCUAAUUGUACGAUAGACCUUAAGAAAAUGGAUGGCAGGGAUUUGAAAAAGAAGAAAGGUUGGACCGAUACAGAGUGGAAAAGGAAAAUGGAAUACAUUUCACAAAUCGCUGAACCUAAAAAGGUGUUUGAGCCACCACCGGUAAAGCGAGGUAAAAGUAUGCCAUUGGAAGCUCUGAUGCCGAGGAUUGAGGAAAUGAGCGUACCGCCCAGCUCCAAAUGCUACAAGAGAAUGUCGCAAGAAGCCUGGUAUAGGAACCCAUUGAAGGUGGCGCCCAAUGCCCUGAAGUAUGUAAUAACGGAGAGAACCAAGAAGCUAGCCGUUGCGAGAGCUGCCCCACAGGGAGACUAACUUCACUACUUUAACCACAAACGAAUGUAAAACGAAUAACGACCAAAAACGGUAACCAACGUUAUUGAAAUCGAAAAAAAAACAUGUUAAAGUUAUAAAAAAAAAACUAUAAACGUGAUUUUUUUCAAAAAUAUCGAAGAUAUAACUUGGUAGAUGUUCGUUGUUGUUAUUCUAAUAGUUAUGUCCUGUAUAUAGUAUACGUAAUAGGUACCGUUGAAAAAUAAAAAAACAACCUUUAGUAGUACA